AUGUUGAGGGAGAAGAAGAAGACCAGCAAGGGCAAGCAGAGGAUAGAGAUGAAGAAGAUAGAGAACGAGGAAGCCCGCUACAUUAGCUUCUCCAAGAGAAGGAAUGGGAUCUUUGGCAAGGCCAGUGAGCUCUCCACCCUGUGUGGCACAGACUUGGCCGUGCUCAUCUCGUCCCCCACGGGGAAGCUCCAUUCCUUCGGCAGCCCAAGCGUGGCCCUGGUCGUGGACCGGUUUCUUUCGACCGGGGUGGAUCACUCCUCCGGUUCGGUUCACGAACAAUCGCGGCGGGGGCAAACGAUCCAGGACCUGAAUCAUCGGCUCAUGGAGCUGGCGCGCCGGCUCGAGGACGCAAAAGCCAAGAAGGCGGCGCUCCAGGAGCGGCUCGAGGCGGCGGCUCGGGGUCUGGAUUGCGAGCGGAUCGAUGAUUUGGAGGGGUUGGGUUUGGACGAGCUCGAUCGGCUUAUGGAGUCACUGGGCCGGCUCAAGGCCCGGGCCAAUGCCCGGACCGAGGAGAUCUUGACGGGCAGCUCUCCCGAGCCGACAACCGUCGAUCAUGUCGGUCCCUGGCGGCAUGGUGGAAUCUCCACCGUCCACUCCGAUUCGGACGGGUUGGGAGCUCAAUGCCCGUCGAUCCCGGUUCUUGCCAUGACGAACCAAUUUGACUCGGCAGCACCGCGAUCGAACCCAUUGAUGGAGACUAUCGAUUUUUUAGAUAUUAAUGGCUUGUUUGAAGAAUUUUAA